CCGUGGACGUGACCAGCAGCGCCCAGCUGGAGCGCCGUUAAUGUGUAGAGUAACGAUGUCAUUCUAGGUUUACUUCGUUUUGGAUUUGUAGGCUAUUCGAAUAAAAACAUUUGCACUAGAAAAGUAGCAUUUUUUUUCUUUCUUUCACUUUUUUAACUCCUUUUACCUCCAAAGAAGUUUCCUACCUGUUUUCACUUUUAAAACAAAAAAAAAGGAUUUACACAGAAAAAUGAAGCCACGGAUUUUACUGACCUUCCUGACGUUUAUUGGUUCAUGUUUGUGUAAUGGAUCUGAGUUGGCUUUCCUUACCGAGCCCAGUGAUGUUAUCGCGGUACGGGACAGGCCGUUGAUGCUGGACUGCAGGGUGGAAGGCGAGGGUCCCAUUACAGUGACGUGGCAUAAGAACGGAGCUCCGCUGCUUUCAGGAGCAGGCAGUCGGGCGAAGAUCCUAUCCAACGGCACACUCCUCAUUCGCAGCUUCCAGAAGAGACGGGAUGGAGAUGCUACCGACGCUGGAGAGUAUUACUGCGCUGCGCAGAACCACUACGGCAUGCUGGUCAGCCGCAAGGCCCGUGUGCAACUCGCUUCUCUUCCGAAAUUCCACACUCACCCAGAGUCCAUGUCAGUAGAUGAGGGAGGUGUUGCACGUUUCCAGUGUCAGGUCAGUGGUAUUCCUGAGGCCAGCAUUACUUGGGAGAAGGACCGUGGUGUGCUUGGAACGUCUGAUGACAGGUACACUCUUCUCCCAAUGGGUAUUCUGCAGAUUACAGGAGUUAAGAAAUCAGACGCUGGUGUCUAUCGCUGUGUUGCCACUAAUAUCGCCAACACCCGCUACAGCCACGAGGCCUACCUGAACGUAACCGGAGCUGUUCCUCGCACCUAUAAGGAGCCAGUCAUCCUGUCCGGCCCACAGAACCUCACCAUCACCGUCCAUCAGACGGCCAUCCUGGAGUGUAUCGCCACUGGAAACCCUCGCCCGAUUGUGUCUUGGAGUAGACUUGAUGGCAGAUCUAUCGGAGUGGAGGGCAUACAAGUGCUCGGGACGGGGAAUCUGAUGAUCUCCGAUGUCUCCCUUCAGCACUCUGGGGUGUAUGUGUGUGCUGCCAACCGGCCUGGCACCAGGAUGAGGCGUACCGCAUUGGGCAGGCUGGUAGUUCAAGCUCCUCCAGAGUUCAUUCAGUGGCCGCAGUCUGUGUCUAAGCCAGCAGGAGGCAGUGCUGUGUUCACAUGUGUGGCUCAGGGUGUUCCUGAACCUCACAUCAUCUGGCUGAAGAAUGGAAAGAUACUCACCCCAGGCGAUCAUGUGAAACUCACUAACAAUAACAGCACCCUGGCCGUGACUCGCAUCACAUCAGAGGAUGAAGCUAUAUACCAGUGCAUCGCUGAAAACUCUGCCGGCACUAACCAGGCCAGCGCUCGUCUGGCUGUGUCCCUGGCCAAAGAGCUGCCCGAUGCCCCUCAGGACCUGAAAGCCACGGCUCUCUCUACAACCACCCUGCAGCUCUCCUGGACCCAGCCACCAGCCGAAAUCACAGACGGGAUCAUCGGAUAUGUGCUGCAUAUCCGCAAAUAUGGCGAGCCUGAAAGCACAGAACUACAGGAGGCUGUGAGUAAGACAACAUUUCAGCAUGACCUCACAAACCUUGAACCCGCGACCACCUACUCCAUCUACCUGAAGGCUUACUCUCCCCUGGGUGCUAGUGAACGCUCCAGUACUGUUGUUUCCACAACACUAGGGGGCGUGCCCAGUUCACCUACAUUUUUCACCAAAGCAAUAAACACCACAGCAGUCCAGGUCCUCUGGGAGCUGCCCAAUAAGCCUGGAAAAGCUGAGGGUUUCCGACUGUCUUACCGCAGGGUUCCCCAUGGAGAGAUCCAGGGGCCAAUUCAGUUGCCGUGCCAUGCUAACAUUCACACCAUUUCUCAUCUCGACCCCGGCGCUGUGUAUGAAGUCAAACUGGUGGCCUACAAUGGCAAUGGAGAGAGCGAUUGUUCAAAGAAACUUGUUUCACUGGCUGAGGACAGGACUAGUGCUAAAACCAGAGCUGCAGGAGAGGAAGCUCAGUGUAACUGCAGGGGUGUAGAGAGCUCGGUGAGCAGCAUUGUGGUUGGCAUCCACAUUGGCAUGGCCUGCAUCAUCUUCUGUGUGCUCUUUCUCAUGUUUGGAUAUCGGCGAAGUUUCCUCUGUAGGAAGGGGACUCAGGACAGCUGGUCUGUGCCACACGGCGAAGAUGGAGGGCAUCCCAACGGCAUCCCAAAAGCGGCAGUAACACAACCUGUUCAAGGCACUGGACUGGUUCCACAAGGUCAUAAUAUAGAUGGCCAGGCCCAGUGCCAGGUUCUUAUUGAGCAGCACUCAUCCAGUCUGCCAGGCACUGGCACAGGCACUGGCUAGCAUUAGCCUGUAGCUAGCACUGCCUCAGUGAUCUCUCUCCUUGUGGUUCCUCUGCCUAGCCUGCCCACCAAAAUCCCUUUAGUCCAUAUUUAUCAUGCCCAGUCUGUCACCUAAACUGCUGCUACUGUUUAUAGGUGUAAAUGGGCCUGUUUUAACUACAAACGUUUUGCUAAUUGAGCUGGUCCCAUUUGUUUCUUUUGCUCCCUCCCCUUAGAACCAAAGCUUAACUCCUUUAAGAUCUUUAUUUCGAUGUGUCCACACAAGAACACCAAAUGAUAGCCUUAGGAGAUACUGAAGUAAUUUUUUUAUGCUAGCAUGCUAAUAGUUACAAAUAUUUGCUGCACUCUUUCUGAGCAUGAAUACAUAAUGGAAGCUAAACACAACAAAAAUGAUACCAUACCCGCUUUAUAUUUUAUUACCAAAGGGUUUUCUGCUAAAACCAAAACUUCCUUUUGCAAUGCGUCCUCUGGUAAUAAGAUGUAGCCUGACAUUGUGCCUGAACUAAUGCCCAAUCUAAAGCCCAAACAUUUUAAUAAUCUCGAUAUUUCACUUCAGUAUGUGUGAUUUAGUGAACUACAUGAUUUACAAAACAAGCUACAAUAAGCCAUAUUCUCAGUUGAAAUGAUUACAGGGAACAGAGGUUCGUUCCAUUUGUUAGCCUUAGCUCAGAUAUACCAAGAUGAAUAACGUGGCCUUGCUUUUGCCUUCACUUGUGGUUGUGUGAGUUCAGAUAAAUUGAUUGUUAUGUUUCACCAUACAUGCCUCGAGGCAGGCUCAACCCCAGAGGAACCAUAAAGGUGAUGGAUUCUUCCCACCUUUCCCUCUUUCCUAUUCUUUAUAAUACCCACCACAAGCUGUAUACCUCCAAAGAUAGCUACCUCAGAAUGUUAUGUUGGGCUGACAUUAGCCCCUGCUAAUAAAGCUUGCCUACCUCAGCCAAAAAAUAGCAGAUCCCCGCUACUCUUCCCACUGCCAGUGCCUGUGCCAGCUGCCUCCAGAACCUGCAUUCAUGUGCCCAUCUGGUCGACUGCCAUGGAGAGUGUGACUGUGGCUGCCCAUCCUCUGGCUCCAAAUCUUGCCUUAGCAGACAAAAGCUGUCUGGGAACCCCUCUCUAACUAAUCGUCCAGAGAUCUUCAGAAGCAUUUAAGCUGUGGAGUACUUCAAACACACCUUGGGUCCACGGUAUGUUCCAGAUAUGAUGGUUAGGAUCCUGCCAAGCCGUUCCAUGGAUUCCUUUCUGAUGCUGCUAAACCUAAACUCCAAAGAAAAAGAUGAAACAGCAGGUACAGAAGGGAAUUCGUUUUGUUCGGAGAAUGUGAUUUGAAAAUUCCGCAUGGAAUCUAUGGACCCUUGAGAAUUGUAAUGGGAUAUUUUUGGGCCUUUCCAUGUGGAUACCACACAAAAACCCGUGAAACCAAAAGCUUUGGAUAUUUUGCUUUCCACCAAGGAAUAUGUGAUGGCAUCGAGAGGAUGCUUAUCCAAAGUGAUUCUUUCCAGCCAAACCAACUGGUCUUUUCUCCAGAUGCCAAAUCGGUUGCCAUGGGAACUUGAAGGAGCUGCGAGAUGAUGGUUGAUUUUGGGUUUACUAAGGAACCACCGCGUUCUCUCGUUCCCAAGCGGACAGGCAUGGCAGCGGAUUAUCCAAAAAUGUUUUUGAUAUGAAAACCAAGCUUUAUGAUAUCCAAAGAUGUAAAAAUGUUUAAGGUUUUCAUUUAUCUUUAUAUCCAUGUCCUCUUUAGAUGAACCUAAGCCUUUGUGUUGAUGUUUGUGCAGUUACUGUUAAAAGGGGAAGCUGCAAUAAAAUGGACUUAAUAAGAAACCUAUUCACACAAAUAUCCACAACAAUAAUAUGCUUUAAUAGUCAAACAUUAUCUGUCUUCCCUCUUUUGACAUUGAACUGCUAUAUUUUUCUUUAAAAACCUUUUAACCUUUAAAUAAUAACCAAACGAAAAUGGGAUAUAUUUUCAAGGAGAUUUUAUAUGUUGAUAUGAGAGAAGGAACAUCUGUGUCCUCUUUAUGAUAAUUGAGUUUGCCAAAUAGUAGAGUAAUAAUAAUAAUAAUACCAAAUACCUCUUUCAUAUUUAACAUUCAUACCCUUUAUCUUUUGUAACACUUCAUUACCAAGGCACAGGAACACACAUGAGUGUACGGUACAUGUAUGAGUUCAUGCAUAAAUGUGUUUUGUGUUUGGUGAACAGUAGGUCAAUCCUGGAGUCAGUAGAGGUCAGAGAACCUUUCAAAAAAAGUCAAGGGAACUAUGUGUAUACAGUAACAUAUGAAUGGAACCAAAGAACUUGAUUUUUUUAAUUUUUAUGAUGCGUAUCAAGAAAGCAAAGAGGCCUUUAACUUUGAAUAUCUAGAUGAUUAAGAUUUAAAAGCAAAGAAAGCUGCUUUUUCCUGAUGAUGUUCUACACUACUCCAGGUUGACCUUUUGAACAUAAUGAGUGUUAAACGUUUACCCACAAUCACUGCAGUUCAGACAGCCCCUCCAUAGACUAAAACUCCCAUCCUUGUGUUCAUAUGAAAGAACUGAAACUUUUGGAGAAAGUAAAAAAGGGAGGAUUUUAGAUUUGUAGCUGUGUAGCGUGAUUCGUAUAGUGGUAAACAUUAGAUUACUCAUAUUUUAAACCCAAUAUUUGGUUCUUUUAGUAGAACUUUUUUUAUAUUCUCUUUCACAAAGUUGUCAUGGUACCUACCUUGGGUUGGAAAGAUGGCAUUUUGAUGUUCAUUUUUGUAAUGUUAUUAUUAUAAUUACUUUAAUUAUUGCUGUUGCUUUUGUUUCUAAGUCCAUUUUGUUUUUCAUUUCUCAGUAGCAGAUGAAAGAGAAUGUGAAAGUGUUUGUUAGGACCCUAAAAAACUGUGGGUUGAAUGCAGCAGGCUGGCAAAGAUGUGAUUUGGGAUUCAUUAUGUUUAUUUGCCUUUAUAUUCUACACUUCAGUUUGUGUAAAUUGGCCCUUUGUUAAUGUGCAGAUACCAAGUGCACUUUUACAAAGAUUUCAAAUGGUUAAAUAGCUCUCAUAAAUGAGUGAAUCCCCCAUCUGUUUGGAUUAUGACCCACUGGUUAGAAAAAAA